UAAGGAUGCUGUUGAAAUAUACGGAAAAUAACAGAGAGUUGAUGUAAUUUGAUUUUUAGUUGAUUGAUGUAGUUGAUUUUCAAAAGGCUUAGACUUCCACAUUAAGAGUUUUGAAACAUGCAAAGCGUAUACGUAACCGAAUUAUCUUAGUACAAAUAAGUUAAAAUGAAGUACACAUGAAAUUCUAUUCAAAACUUAAUACUUCUAAACCUACGCCAAGAUGAGGUCCGACCAUAUCACUCAGUUUGGUCGGAAUGGUGGAGGGAAAGUAAACAUUUCGUACGACGACACUGAAGGAAAAUUUGGUAUCAUAGACCACGGAGAUCUGCCUGGCGUCUACACGAACUCAGGCUCGACGUCUAGGAGAAGAGAAGGCCCGGAAAGUGCCAGCUCUCUCGCCUCUCCUAACGUCUCCAGAACAACUUUUCAUGAUUCGAAUAAAGACAAACCACUCAAAGAAAAUAGUGAUAAGUGCUUUUCUGAUGAAAUCUCCAUAGCCAACGUAAAAGAUGGUGAUGAAGAAGGGGAAGGAAGACAACAGUGGAGCAAUCCUAUCGAGUUUUUACUGUCGUGCAUCGCGUUGUCGGUGGGCUUGGGGAAUGUCUGGCGGUUCCCCAUCACAGCGUACAAGAACGGGGGAGGAGCCUUCCUCAUCCCCUACCUUGUGGUGCUUCUCUUCAUUGGGAGGCCUCUCUACUUCCUGGAACUUUCGUUGGGCCAGUUCAGUUCCUACGGAUGCAUCAAACUGUGGAAGUGCGUACCGGCAAUUAAAGGCGUUGGUUACUCACAAGUGGUUGCCACGGCAGCGAUCCUGACUUACUACGUUUCUCUUAUGGCUUUGACCGUCUUCUACUUCUGUGUUAGCUUCCAGAGUGAGCUGCCGUGGUCAGUGUGCGACCCAGCAUGGGCGGCUAUGGACUCUUGCGUGGCCGUGUCUUCCAAUUCAUCCCUGGGCUUCAGCUCGAACAGUUCAAAACAGAGCAGCUCUGAACAGUUCUUCAGACGUUACGUGGUCCACGAGGCCGCGACGUGGACAUCAGGCAUAGGCAAACCGGACUGGAAGCUUGCGCUGUGUCUGGCUGGCUCGUGGCUCGUCCUCUUCUUUACGCUCGUGAAGGGCGUACAGUCUGCGGGCAAGACGGCGUAUUUCACAGCGUUGUUCCCGUACCUGGUGUUGUUCACGCUGCUAGGCAGGGGCGUGACGCUACCGGGGGCCUACGAUGGCAUCAUGUACUUCCUCACUCCUCAGUGGGAGAGACUCCUCGACGGAAACGUGUGGUAUCAAGCGGUGACUCAAUCUUUCUUCAGUUUGUCGGUGGCCUUCGGAUCCAUUCCAAUGUUUUCGAGCUACAAUGACUUCAAACACAAUGUUUAUAGAGACUCGCUGAUCAUCAGUUUCAUGGAUACUGGAACAUCGCUGCUGGCGGGCCUGACGAUAUUUUCCAUACUGGGCAACCUCAAGCACGAGAUCAACGCUGACUCGUUUGACGAUGUAGUGCAAGGGGGGGCGGGGCUAGCCUUCAUCACGUACCCAACUGCCAUCGCUAAGUUCGAUUACGUACCUCAGUUGUUCGCGGUGCUGUUCUUCAUGAUGCUGUUCACCCUGGGUCUUGGCUCGGCCACGGCUCUCACAAACGGCGUCAUCACCGUCAUUCUAGAUCAGUUCCCCCACUGGAACAAGGCCGUCGUGUCCGCAGUCGUCUGCUUCGCCGGAUUUUUGACCGGCCUAAUAUACCUGACUCCGGAAGGCCUUUACAUUCUGGAUUUGGUCGACUUCUUUGCUGGCGGUACAAUCGUUUUCGUAUUAGCCGUUGUUGAGACUUCAGCGAUCUGUUACAUAUACGGCCUAAGGAAUCUUAUCAGGGACUUCAAGUUUAUGCUUGACGUUGACCUGGGCAUUUACUGGAAACUGUGCUGGGCGGUCGUCGUGCCCUUUGGUCUAACAGCCAUCCUGGUCUACUCAUUGUUCGAUUUCAAACUACCGCGCCACAACGAUGCUGAUCUACCGAGCGCUGCGUAUUCUUGCGGCUACGCGCUCCUGGUCGGCGCCCUGCUGGUCAUUCCAGCUGGAUUCCUGCACGCCGUCUGGAUCGCCGACUGUGCACCUGGAGCUGGAUUGUCAGAGAAAGUGAUGAGCGUGUUCAGACCAAAGCCUACGUGGGGGCCUAAGAAGAAGAAAUAUCGGAUCGCCUGGCUGCAGCACAUCCAAGAACUUCCUAAACUGGAAGAAGAGCCAUAAAAUUUUAUUUCAAUUUGAUGCCAAAUUUCUUUAAAGGAAAACGAAACUAAUGAUUUCAACUAGCAAAUAUUUUCGUAUAUAAAUUCGAAUUUAGUAAUUAAAUAUUUGGGAUUGUACUUGAUGACUAUGGACUGCUGAAUAUUGUUCAAUAUCAUCGUGGUAGUAAAUGCAUUUCGUUAUAGGGUUGAAUAUGAACACCAACCUCUGUAAACAACCAAUCACAAUAUUAAAAUCAAAGGAUUCUGGUACAAAAAUAAUAAUACAAUAAACUAAAUUUUCUAAUUCUUUUAACACCAUAUGCAA